AUGUUACUGUUUGUAAUUUUUCGAUUUCAUUUGAUUUUCGUGGUUGUAAGUGGAAGCCAUGGCGAAAAACGGUUGCUUCUGAACGACCCAGAUUAUGCAGCUCGAAUACAGCAACUUGAAGUUUCUAUGCAGACAUUGGUCAGUGAAAUGAAUUCAGUAAAACAACAGAAAUUUGCUACAGAAGCCAAUCUUCUUGAGGCUAACACUAAAAUUUUUCAACUCCAAUCGGCUUUAAAUUUACGAACACAGAAUGGAGCUGUUUACAUAAGAUGGGGAAAGAAAACGUGUCCUCAAACAAACGGAACACAACUGAUAUAUUCAGGUACCGUAGGUGGAGGUUGGUAUGACAGAACAAGCUCUCCGGCAGAACCAAUCUGUCUUCCUCAUGAUCCUGAUUUUGUCACAAAGGACUUCGCCUCUACUGAUUCUAGUUGGGUUUCCUCGUUGUAUGGAGCUGAGUAUGAAGUAAAUGUAGGUGGUUCAUAUACAACUCAAAAUGACGUGCCUUGCGCUGUUUGUCGUGCGACUGGCAGUAUUUCUGUGCUUAUGAUUCCGGGAAAGACAUCAUGUUAUACCGGUUGGAAAAGAGAAUACUUUGGCAGAAUGGCUGCCGGUGCUAAUUACAACAAAGCAUCCUCACAAUACACUUGCAUUGAUGAAAAUCCUGAUAUUUUGGAAGCAGGGAGUGAUAACAAGGACGGUUACCUGUUUUACCCAGUUAGAGCAGCCUGUGGGUCACUUAGGUGUCCACCGUUUCACGAUAAUGCAUUACUAACAUGUGUUGUCUGUUCAAGUUAAAAAGUGAAUUUAUAUUAGGUGUGCACACCCUGAUAAUAAAGUUUAUAAUGCUAACAUAUACAAGCAUGUCGUUAUUGUUGAUAUCUAACCAAUAUUAAAUGGAGCAAAUUG